CCAUGUAUUUAAGGAAUUUAAUGCGUUAAACCAAAUACAUGAAACUCUUAAACUGCUUGAAGAGAAACACAAAAUGAAGUCACAACAUGAGGAAAAUAAAGCGCUAAUGGGUAACACCAAAACUCAGGAACUUUGUAGGAUAUUGCAAAAACGUCUAAAAAGCAGUAAAGACAAUAAUGUAAGCAUCUUGGAACAUAGGGGUGUAAUAUACAACGAUCCCCAGGUUAUAAGUGAACUCCUCAGUGAGUGGUUUUGCAAUGACACCAGAGUGCACCCGACCCCAAAUUUCCAAAUGACCUGCAAAAGUAACCACAAAUUAGGAGAAAUAGAUUUUAAUAUACAAAAUAUAGACUCAGCGAUUAAGACAUUGAAGUCAAAUGGCAGUACUGGAACAGACGACAUACCAUCUGUCAUAUACAAAAAUGGUAGCACGGAAAUGGUAGUCUUGUUACUUAGAAUAUUUACUCUGUCACUGGAAACUGGAACUUAUCCUGAAGUGUGGAAAACCACAUACAUACUACCUAAGCACAAAGCAGGGGCCAAAACCAGUGCAUGCAACUAUAGACCUAUUAAUAUAACACCGGUAAUAUCACGAAUAAUGGAGAAAGUGGUUAAAGACCAAGUGUCAGACAACUUACUAGAACAUGAACUUAUCAACCCAUCACAACACGGAUUCCUCAAAAAGAGAUCAUGUGCGACCUGUCACAUAGACUUUUUCAAUGAAGUUACACGAAGCAGGGACAACAGAGAACUAGUAAUUGUGCUAUAUUUCGAUAUAACAAAAGCCUUCGAUAGAGUCCCCCAUAAUCUGCUAGUCAGCAGGUUAUGCUCACUAGGGAUAUGUGACCCCCUCCUGAGCUGGAUAAAAUCAUUUCUCUGUGACAGGAAUCAGAUAACAAAAGUUGGCUCGAUAAUCUCAAGGCCUAAACCUGUAAGUAGUGGUGUAAUCCAGGGAAGUGUAUUAGGCCCACUCCUAUUCAUAAUAUAUAUAAACAGUAUCUGUGAAUGCUUUAGUGUUGGUAAACCAAUACUAUAUGCAGAUGACUUAAAAGUGACCUAUAAAUGCAAGAACACAGAUCUCGGAAUAACAGUAAACGCCAUACAGCAAGAAUUAGAAAAAAUGGAUAGAUGGUGUGACACCUGGCAACUCCAGUUUAAUGUCGACAAAUGUGGCUGGCUCUGCAUAGGUUGCAACAAUUUAGAACUUGACCUGACAAUUCAAGGCCAUGCACUCUUACGACUGGAAUCUGUAUUGGACCUAGGACUGAAAUACUCACAUGACUUAUCAUUUUCUGAACAUAUCUCCAAACAAGUGUCAAAGUCACGCAGACUUAUCGGCUUUCUACUCAGGAACUUUUACAGAAAUGAGUCCAGAAUUCUGUUGUACAAGGUUUGUGUGCGUCCUUUAUUUGAUUACUGUUCAUUCAUGUAUAGUAGUAUACGCAUAGAGGACAAAUUGAAAGUCGAGGGAGUGCAGAGGUACUUCACGUCAAAAUUACUCGGAACCGAAAAUGGUGCGAACUACUCCACUAGAUGUGACACCCUAGGAUUAGAAACACUAUGGCUAAGACGCCUGAGACUAAACUUAACACUUUACUAUAAGCUUCUAAACCACUUAGUUUUUACCUCUACUAAUGGCAUUCGACUUUCAGAUGACAGUGGCUACAAACUAAGACACACUAAGGGUACAGUAGCUAUCGAACAAUGUAAAACAGCUACCAGGCAAAAGUUUUAUUUGAUUAGGUAUGCACAGAUAUGGAAUAAACUACCAAUGGAAAUGCGUCAAGCAGGUACAUUGGCCUCAUUCAAAAAAGUGCUUAACGACAAACUACACGAGUUUGCAAACGACAGUAGUCCUAGUUCCUAUCUGAGAGCCUCCGAAAUUAUAGGUCCAUUUAAUGUAUAAGCUUAAAUACUACACCUGUUGUUUUUUGCCUAUAUUUAUAAUUUUAGAUAAAACAUUAACGAUUAAGAUACUUACCCUCAAACAGACAAGAAGUUUCGUUUGUAAAACUUCUACCCAACACAAUAAGUGGAAUAAAAUGGACAUAAACCGACAACAUGAAAAAGAUAUAACUCACCACAACAUCACAUGGACAGAUGUACGCUCGUCGGGCAUCUUAUAUACCUCACCAACUACAACUCAACAUUCCUAAGAUAAUGUGAUGAACUUAUAUCCGUAAUGUUGCUGAGCAGUCAAUAUCCACAACUCCUGUCGGAACAACUAAAAUUCAAAAACCCUCCUCAGGAGAAGUAAAUACCCACAAGCAGUAGAAAUCCAUUAAUUAAUGCGUCUAAAGCUUAUGUAUUUUACUCCCAACAAUGACAUUGCAGAUCAAAUGAGAUAAACAUAUCACUGAUUUCAAAAUAACACAUCAAUGAACUAUAAUUCAAGGAUUCUGUACACAACAAAAUUAUGUAUGAAAACUGACUUCAAGCUUUAUUUUUUUCCCAGGCACUUAUAACCCAUCCACCAAAGACCUGGUUUUUUUGUUAAUGCGAAGACAAUACUUCUGUAUUUCCUGAUGUGUUGCACUCACUGACAAUCUAGCGGAUUUUUCCAACUAUGCACAGAAAUGAUUGUACAUAAGUGAAAAGGAUGUUUUAUACUAUUGGGAUUAACAUUUAUCAAGUGUAUGUAUAAUCUCCAGUGUACAUGUUAAACAUAUUUUGCUAUCGACUGUAAAUUGUGACUGAAUAAUAUGGUCCUAUUUCUGUAACAAUUUGAUGAUGCCUGUAAACUGGCGUCCCUCAUGUAAUGCAUCAUGAGAAUAAAUUUAUUUAUAAGCUCCAGUAUAAAGGAUGAAGGUAUUGAGCCAAAGUUCGAUGAUAUUCUGAAACUGGUAAAAGAUAGUGUCAAUCAAUCUAUGAGCAAGUUUGCCAGUAUAUUGCAUCCCACCCCUAGAAUAUAGCAGUCUGAGAGCAAAACGCAAUCGUUUGUGACGAAAGGGUCUCAGCGAAGUGGAUAUCGAGAAAGCUUUAUAGUGUCUAGUAAUCCAUAUAAACUUAGUGAAAUGUAGUAAUUUAUUGUAAUCGGAAUAUUAGUAUUUCGAGAUGACCGAAUUACAAGAAUACAAACAAAACCCAGAGAGGGCAGAAUUCAGGAAUUUGUAUUUAGCGAAAUUAUUAUGCUGUCAGCUACGUCUCAUAAACCGUUAAUGCCCAGCUCUCGCUACGCUCGGGCCCACGCUGUUCCUUUGAGUUUCAGAAACGCUUAGUAAUAACGGACGCAAAAACCAAAACACCGAUCUGCCGCUUGUUAUUUCUUUAUUGUUACACCAACAUAUAAAAGGAAUAAACGAACUAAGCAACUAAGGUCUGUAAACAAAUAUUACAAUAAUAAAUCAUAAGAUUACUUCUGACGAUGUUUCACUCUUCUUUCUGAACAGCGACCGAUGAGACGAUGACUGUCGUAUUGAUGCCUCCGCGAAAAUC